CGUUGGCAGCGCCGGUCGCACACAUGGCACGCGCCAGGUAGAGGGCAUGCGGCCCGCGCUCGCCGCGCUCGCGGCAUGCUGCGUGGUGGCGCGCGCCGAGCCCGCCGCGCGCCUCGCCGCGCACAACCUCACCCCCACGCACGUGCUCAAGUGCGAGGACGGGCUCGUGCUGCCCGUCUGGCUGCCGCUCGAGGACGUGCCCACGCUCCACAUCGCCAUCCGCGGGCUCGUCUACUUCGUCACGCUCAUGUACCUCUUCAUCGGAGUCUCCAUCGUCUCCGACAGGUUCAUGGCCGCGAUAGAAGUGAUAACGUCCAGGGAGAAGGAGGUGCGCGUGCGACGCAACGGCAGCGACCACAUCAUAGUCGUACGAGUAUGGAACGAGACCGUAGCCAACUUGACGCUCAUGGCCCUCGGGUCCAGCGCCCCGGAAAUAUUGCUGUCGGUCAUUGAAAUCGCCGGUAAAAACUUCGAAGCUGGAGAGUUGGGACCCGGUACCAUCGUCGGAUCGGCCGCAUACAACUUGUUUGUGAUUAUUGCAAUAUGUGUUGCAGUGAUACCUGAUGGAGAAGUGCGAAAGAUUAAGCAUUUAAGAGUGUUUCUAGUCACCGCAACUUGGUCAGUAUUUGCGUAUGUAUGGCUCUAUCUCAUACUAGCAGUGAUAUCGCCCAGUGAAGUGGAAGUUUGGGAGGGCGCUGUCACGUUCUUGUUCUUCCCUGCCACGGUGUUGACGGCGUAUAUUGCGGAUCGAAGGCUAUUAGUUUACAAAUACCUGAAGAAAGGUUAUCGAGUUAACGAGCGUGGUGUGAUCGUAGAAGCUGAAGGUGACGGUUCAGUUGAAAUGGCAUUGAAACCGAACGCCGAUGAGUUUGCCUCAGACGAUGAGGAGGGUCGAGAGUUGGAGAAGUCUCGCAAAGAGUACAUCAAAGUUUUACGUGAAUUAAAAAGACAACACCCUGAGGAAGAUCUGGAAACAGUGGAGAGAAUGGCAUUAGAAACAUUGAUGGCUCGCGGUCCAAAGUCACGCGCGUUUUACCGAGUAUCAGCAACACGAAAAAUGAUAGGUGGAGGAGAUUUUACUCGAAAGAUACAUGAGCGAGCCCAGAGUGAUUUGAGUGAAGUUAAAGCGGAGUUACAGCGACGAGAAUCAGCUUCUAUUGUCGCUGAGCCCAAAGGUCCUAAUGUUCGUUUCGAUCCGGAUCACUACACUGUGAUGGAGAAUUGUGGAUCUUUCGAAGUGAGAGUGGUCCGCCGAGGAAAUUUAAACGGGGAAGUAACCGUGCAGUACACCACAGAAGAUGGGACGGCAGAAGCUGGAUCGGAUUACGUUGCAGCUCAGGGUUCUCUUACAUUCGGUAGUGGGGAGACGGAGAAGAAGUUUACCGUCCAAGUGAUUGAUGAUGACGUAUUCGAGGAGGAUGAGCAUUUCUUCGUGCGUUUGAGUUCACCAAAAGGUGCUUGUUUGGCAUCACCGUCCACAGCUACAGUUGUGAUUCUGGACGAUGAUCAUUCCGGAGUGUUCUCGUUUCCUCAGAGGGACUUCGAGUUGACUGAGUCGGUUGGGACUUACGAUCUGCGAGUGGUGAGGACGGCUGGUGCUCGAGGGAAGGUGCGCAUUCCGUACUGGACGGAAGAUGGCACUGCCAAAGGUGGUGCUCAGUAUGAGACCGUGCAAGAUCACGUCGUUUUCGAGAACAACGAAACUGAAAAAUUCAUCCCCCUUCAUAUAAUAGAGGAGGACAGCUACGAGAAGGACGUCCUUUUCUACGUUAACCUCGGCAACCCCGAACUGCUUGGGGGUAAGAAGUUGGCAACACGCAACAAAAUUUUCAAUGACAAUCGUCCUGUGGUGCCUGGCUAUGAAGUUGAGCACGUUCAGAACCUCACCACGUUGCCUGAAGAUGAGGCAGUAGUGGCAAUGAUGGGAUGGCCACGCGCAGGGGAGAUCACCCGCGCGCAGCUUAGGAUUAAGGAGAGCAAGGAGUUUAAGAACACUGUAGAUAAAUUAGUGCAAAGAGCGAACGCAUCAAUCAUAAUCGGGACGUCAUCAUGGAAGGAGCAGUUCUCAGAAGCUUUUUCGGCGAACCCUGAUAACCCCGAUGAGCCUCCUUCAAUUGCGGACUACGUGCUUCACCUUCUCACAGUUUUCUGGAAAAUUAUAUUUGCUUUCGUACCACCAACAGACAUCGGCGGUGGAUACCUCUGCUUCGUAGUGUCAAUCGUCUGCAUCGGCCUGGUGACGGCUGUCAUCGGCGACGUGGCCUCGCACUUCGGCUGCACCCUCGGCAUUAAAGAUUCCGUUACUGCCAUCUUAUUCGUUGCUCUUGGGACGAGUAUACCUGAUACCUUUGCAAGUAAGGUUGCGGCCAUCCAAGACAAGCACGCGGAUGCAUCAGUGGGCAACGUCACAGGGUCCAACGCUGUGAACGUCUUCCUGGGCAUCGGCGUUGCGUGGACUUUGGCCGCCAUAGUCCACUGGAGUAGAAACGAAACGUUUCACGUAGAACCUGGGAACUUAGCCUUCAGCGUCACCAUGUUCUGCUCAGAAGCAGCGCUCGCUGUCCUAGUUCUAGUAUUAAGAAGGAGAAAGUCCGUCGGCGGAGAGUUGGGAGGACCCCGCGGUAUCAAAAUCAUUACAUCUAUGUUCUUUUUCUCUCUAUGGCUCAUCUAUCUUACUAUGUCCACUUUAGAAGCUUAUGGUUUUAUUAAAGGGUUUUAAAUCUA